UUGCAAGUCGGAGAGAGAGGGACAACAAGGGAGGGAGAGACACGAGCGAGGUUUCAGAGCUCCAUGAGUCCUGAUGUGCUGCUGCGCGCUGUUUCUCUGCCAAGUUCGUGCAGCUCCACAUCGGAGGAUUCUUUAAGUUUUCGGUAGAAGUUUCUGCUGCUGCUGUUUGCGGAGGUUCGCCGCUCGUCUCCUCUCUCACAUCUCUGGAGGUAACGCAAGCGUCUCAGAGGACGAGCAGCUUGUGGAGAAGAUCCAGGAUUCCCGUAACGUCUUCGGGCCGGCCGCAUCCUGUCAUCUUUCCUCCUGUGCGCCCUCUGUCCUGACUCCUCCCCCUCAUUCCGGCCCCAAUCUCCUUUUAAAACAAAUAUUCAGAUAUUUGCAUCUUCUUCUUUCAUUCUUUCCACUCGGCUCUCCCGCGUCUCCUUUCCCUUACCGGUUGGGGGGACGAUUCCAUUUUCUAACUCCACUCCCCCUUCCAGCCCCUCGCUCCCCCUAAUGGGCGCCACAUCCGAAAGCAGCGCCACUUUCCCUCUCCACCCCUAACCGCCUCGCCAACGCCGACACCAACACCACCCAAUGGAGACCACCGAUAUGAUGCUGACGAGCAUGUUGGCGAUGGACAAAGGGGAGAACGAGGGGGAGGCGGGGAGGUGGGAGGAGGAGGAGGGGACGCAGCAGGAAAAUGGCAGACCGAUGCUGGCCGACGGCGUCGCUGAGAGAGGAUCCAAGAGCCCGACCCCCGGCUCUGGACAGCAGGUGUCCAACGGCUUCAGCGCGUCCACCCCUCAGGGUCAGGGAGGGGCGGGGGGCGCCGCCCCCGAGCCCGGAGCGGGCGCUGCCGUCCCCUCGGCGCGGCCGCCGGGGGGCCUCAGGACUCUGGUGGUCCAACAAAUCAGCUCGGAGAGGCCCAGAGAAACCUGGAGCAAGAAGAUGGACUUCCUGCUCUCUGUGAUCGGCUACGCGGUGGAUCUGGGAAACGUCUGGCGCUUCCCCUACAUCUGCUACCAGAACGGAGGAGGGGCCUUUUUGCUGCCCUACCUGUUGAUGGCCGUGUUCGGAGGGGUCCCGCUGUUCUACAUGGAGCUGGCGCUGGGCCAGUUCCACCGCAGCGGCUGCAUCUCCAUCUGGAAACACAUAUGCCCCAUCUUCAAAGGGAUCGGCUUCGCCAUCUGCAUCAUCGCCCUCUACAUAGCCUUCUACUACAACACCAUCAUGGCCUGGGCCCUGUAUUACCUGCUGUCGUCAUUUCGGCCCACCCUGCCCUGGACCACCUGCACCAACAGCUGGAACACGGUCAACUGUAACCGCUACAUGUCCACCGACCACAACGUGUCCUGGUCCAACUCCUCCACCUCCCCGGCCGAGGAGUUCUAUACUCGCCAGGUGUUGCAGGUCCACCUCUCCCCAGGUCUGCACCAGCUGGGCUCUGUCAGCUGGCAGCUGGCCCUCUGCCUGCUCUUCAUCUUCAUCAUCGUCUACUUCAGCAUCUGGAAAGGAGUCAAGACGUCUGGAAAGGUGGUUUGGGUGACUGCUACCUUUCCCUACCUGGUCCUCCUGGUGCUGCUCGUCCGUGGGGCCACUCUGCCAGGGGCCUGGAGGGGCGUGGUCUUCUACCUCAAGCCUGACUGGCAGAAGCUUCUGAGCACUACGGUGUGGAUCGACGCAGCGGCUCAGAUCUUCUUCUCGUUGGGGCCGGGGUUCGGCGUGCUCCUCGCCUUUGCCAGCUACAACCCGUUUCACAACAACUGCUACAAAGAUGCUCUGAUCACCAGCUCUGUGAACUGCCUGACCAGCUUCCUGUCCGGCUUCGUCAUCUUUACCGUGCUGGGCUACAUGGCAGAGAUGAGGCAGCAGGACGUGGAUACUGUGGCCAAGGAUGCUGGUCCCAGUCUGCUGUUCAUCAUCUAUGCAGAAGCCAUAGCAAAUAUGCCUGCUGCUACCUUCUUCUCCAUCAUCUUCUUCCUCAUGAUCAUUAUGUUGGGUCUGGAUAGCACGUUUGCCGGGUUGGAGGGGGUGAUCACCGCCAUGCUCGACGAGUUCCCUCACGUCCUGGCGAAGAGACGAGAGUGGUUCGUCUUAGGCCUGGUGUGCGUCUGCUUCCUCGGGGCUCUCUCCACGCUCACAUAUGGAGGAGCGUUCGUGGUGAAGCUGUUUGAGGAGUACGCUACGGGCCCCGCGGUCAUCACCGUGGUGCUGCUCGAGGUCAUCGCCGUCUCCUGGUUCUACGGUACCAACCGGUUCUGUAAUGACAUCCAUCUCAUGCUUGGUUUCUACCCGGGGUUCUUCUGGAGGAUCUGCUGGGUGGCCAUCUGCCCCUGCUUCCUGCUGUUCAUCAUCAUCAGCUUUCUGGCCUUCCCCCCGGAGGUCAGGCUGUUCGACUACCACUUCCCGCCGUGGACCACUGUCCUGGGCUACUGCAUCGGGGUGUCUUCCUUCAUCUGUGUGCCUGUUUACAUGGUCUACUACUUGCUCUGUGCCAAGGGAACCUUCAAACAGCGGCUGCUAAAGAGCAUCACUCCAGAGCCCAGCGGCAACCAACACGGACACCUCAUCGUCACCAACGCAGUCUGACCCCACCCGGACCGGCACAGAGCGCCCUCUUCUGGACAGACUGCUAAGCUACAGGACAAGGGGCUACCGUUCACCGUCUUUGCCUCUUUUUCUUACAUCGCACACUUGUUUUUAGCUGUCACACACACACACACACACACACUGAGGUCGAGAGUAGCGGUGGAGUUCGACACCCUCUUUUUUCUUUUUUAAGUCAUUUUGUGACCGACCUUUCUUCAGGUUAUGUAGUUGAAACAAAUGUUUUAUACAAUAAUAGAGUAUUAUUCUGUCUAUGUUUGUGUAGACAAUAAACUGCAGUUACUGAACUUUGAGGUCAGUCAAAGGAGGCCAAAUGGUUACAUUCCUCUCUGUCUUUAUGGUUGCGUUUUCAUAUUAUGCUGUUAAGUUGUGCAUUUUAAUAUGUAGCUCUAUUCAGGUAUCUGUUACUGAAGCCAAAUAUAUGAUAUCUGUUCUGUUCAUGUUUCUAAAGAUGUUUUCGCUGCCGUGUUGACUGUCAGCCUGUGCUUACCUGGAGGCGUCGCGGACAGCUGACAGAUUUGCAAUGACUUCCCUACACUGUGAAGCACUGUCUGUUAGUGACACCAAUGUGUGUGUGUGUGUGUGUGUGUGUGUGUGUGCGCGUGCGUAUGUGUGUCUGGAAAAAAAAGACUGUUAUAAUUCCCAGUGGGAAAAAGAGAUCAGAGACACAACCAACCAAGUGUAUUCGUCCCAUUACUGCCAUGUGAAACGUGUAUUUAUUUUCAUUUGUCCUUUCUGACCUCCCACUCAGUGUGACACACAUCGCGUGUGACGUCACAUGUCACAUGACGUUAAUCACGGUCACAUUCUGCAUGACCGUCAGUCAUAGAAACCAAAUAUGGAUCAGAGCUAAUAACAUUAUCGAUGGCAUAGUCUGAAAAUCUGCAUUACUGCUCUUUACUUUCUACCAAAAAUGAAUGUGUGUGUGCGUGCGUGUGUGCGUGUGUGCGUGUGUGUGUGCGUGUGUGUGCGUGUGUGUUUCUUAGAGUAUGUAGGAGCAGGGGGUUAAAAUAUGGCGAGUACUGUACAUCUACAUGCGUAUUUACUAGUCAGUUUGGUAUUGUAGUAAUCUAUCCUGUGAAUACCCGUCUCCUCUCCAUGGAUGUGUGUGUGUGUGUGUGUGUGUGUGUGUGUUUAGCUCUUGUGUGGGCUUGAUUGUUGUGUGUGUGUGUGUGUGCACCUUGAUGGUGUUGGUGCACGUAUGGGUGGUUGUGAAAAAAAGAACCUUGAGUGUUCAGCCCCUUUAUGUGUGCAUGCUGUAAUGCGUGUGUGUGUGUAAACUGUUCUUCAAAUGUGUGUGUGUGUGUGUGCGUGUGUGUGUGUGUGUGCGUAAUGUGUUCUCCUGUCUUGUUAACUGCCAAAAUAUGUAACGACGGAAGUAAACUCCCUCCUGCCUCUCUCUCUUGUACCUGUGGAGCUUAUGUAAGAUAUGUGUAUGUCAAAAGACUGUAUUGAGAAAUACACCUGUAUAGAAUAAAGAUAUAUGAAUAUAUGGGAAAUAACAGAUAAUAAAGAUAUAUGGAAAUAAA